AGCCUCAAAUUCAUCCACACUAUUGUUAAAAAGGAAGUAGAAAAAAGAAAGAAAGAAGAAGCCAUAACCCAAAAUUUUAUACUAAAUACUAAUCCACUGUCACAAAAAAGAAGAGAAAAAAAGCUAAAAACAAAACUUUCCAUUAUAGUGUUAUUCCUCCAAGUCUUAUAGCCUAGUAUUUGAGAGAGGGAGAGAGAUUUUGGGGGCUAACCCUUUACGCCAGUAAUUCUAUUGUAUUUGUAUUUGUUGUUCAUAGCCAAAGAAAGUCUUCAAGAACUUGGAGAUGGAUGAAUCAGGCGGAGUUCAAAAUCAAGCACCUAAUCGUACCUCUAAUGGGAUUAAAGAUUCGAAAGGGAAGUCUUGUAAGGGCUGCCUCUAUUACUCUUCACUUCAAAAAUCCAAAUCUAAGACACCCACUUGCAUUGGAUUGUCCAAAACUCUCGACCAAGUACCGAAAUACAUAGUGGGAGAAACUGAGUUGGAAGCUUCAAAAGAGGGGCGCAGUCUUACAGAUUUCAAGUAUGCUUGCGUUGGUUACUCUGUCUACUUAGAAAAGAAAGAUUCAUCAAAUGAUGUGCAGAACAAACAAGCUGAGCUCCCCUUCUGCGUUGGUUUAGAGGUAUUGUUGGACAAAAGACCAGCAGAAAAUUCUCAAGCUCAUAUUCAUAAUAAAACUGAAGAUAGCCCUGCCUUUCCACAACCACGCAACUAUAAACCAUCAUACCCGGCUGGAGAUGAGUAUCUAAACAGGUUUAAACGAAAUGCAGCCCUUGUCGCAUCAGGUGUCGCAAGGAAUGUGAACAGAGUUUGCAACUAUGUAAAAGAGAGUUUGGAUGAUAUCUUAUACCCAUAUCGAAGGCGUCCGAAAUGAGGUGGUACCUCCACAGAUUGUAGAAUAAAUAUCAGUCAUUACAGUAUGUAGGUUGAGAAUCCAGACGUGGCCCGAUCAUGUGAAAUAUCGAUAAAAUUCUCAUCUUUCUUAUAAACUGUGUAGAGAUGACAUCGAGGGAGCACGUCAUCAUCGUUACUUGGCGCUGUAAUGAAUAAAGUAAUGAAUUUAAAGUUUCAUGAUUUGUUUA